AUGUCAUUAUCUAUCGUUAAAAGGAGAGCAGAUCUUAUUUUGCGCACGCCAAUUCUAAGGCAAAUAUUUAUGCCAGCGGCCAGGCUCUUUACCAAGUUCUCUGGUUACAGAAACAUGGGUUUGAGACUCGAUGAUUUACUUUGGGAAGAGAAUCCAGUCAUGCAGUCUGCUAUCAGAAGACUUCCAGCAGAAGAGUCCUAUGCCAGAAAUUACAGAAUCAUGACUUCUCAUCAACUUUCUUUAAUGCACGAUGUUUUGCCAGACUCUAAGGCAAUCCAGCCAAAGGACGAUAUUCCAUACUUGACGCCAUACAUUUUGGAGGCUGAGGCUGAAGCGAAAGAGAAAGAUGAGUUGAACAACAUUAAAUUAGUCAAGCAUUAA